AUGUUUUCCUCCGUUGCCUGGACUGUCCGUGGCUCUGAGUCACGUGCAAGUGGGAAGUCGCACUGACACAGAGCUCGGCCAGAAGGAGCCGAGCCGGGCACGGCGCGGGGCUCGAGGACUGGCCGUCCGCGCCGAGCGCGGGGCCCCCCAGGGAUGGGGGCUGCCCUAGGUGCCUGAGCCCGCCCGCCGCCGCCCCGCCCCGGCCGCCCGGUUCCGACCCGCCCGCUCGCCCGCCUGCCCGUCUGGAACUAUGGGCCACUAGCCGAGGAGAAAGCAUGCUGGCGGUCCGCUGCGCCCUGCUCACCGCCCUGCUGGCCGCGCCGGGGGCGGCACUGGUCCCAGGGGUCUGCCCCGCGCUGGAGGUGGAGAGUGACGUGCUGACCAGCAGGCCCGGAGGGAGCGUCGCCCUGGUCUGCCCGGGCGUGGAUCCGGAAGACAAUGCCACGGUUCACUGGGUGCUCAGGAAGCAGGUCUCGGGCUCACGCCGUAGCACCUGGGCUGGCAUGGGAAGGAGGCUGGUUCUGAGGCGCGUGCUGCUCAGCUACUCUGGAAACUACUCGUGCUACCAGAACGGCCACCGGGUUGGAAUUGUGCGCCUGCUGGUGGAGGCUCCUCCAGAGAAGCCCCAGCUCUCCUGCUUCCGGAAGAGCCCCGUGAACGACGUGGCCUGUGAGUGGAGUCCUCGGAGCGCCCCCUCCCAGAGGACUGAGGCUAUGUUACUGGUGAGGAGGCUGCAGCACGGGCCGGCGAAGGACUUCCAGGAGCAGUGCCAGUACUCCCAGGAGUCCCAGAAGUUCUCCUGCCAGUUGGCAGUCCCAGAGGGAGACAACGCUUUCUACAUUGUGUCCCUGUGUGUCACCAACAGUGCUGGGAACGAGUCCAGCAGACCCCAAACAUUUGAGGGUUACGAAAUCUUGCAGCCUGACCCACCCGUCAACAUCACCGUCGCUGCCGUGGACAGAAACCCCCGCUGGCUCAGUGUCAGCUGGCAAGACCCCCCCUCCUGGAACACAUACUUCUACAGGCUGCAGUUUGAGCUCCGAUACCGGGCUAAACGGUCAAAGACAUUUACGACAUGGAUGGUCAAGGAUCUCCAGCAUCACUGCAUCAUCCACGACGCCUGGAAAGGCAUGGAGCACGUGGUGCAGCUGCGGGCCCAGGAGGAGUUUGGACAUGGUCAGUGGAGCGAGUGGAGCCAGGAGGUCACGGGGACUCCCUGGACAGAGCCCAUGAGUUCUUUAACUGAGACCAAGGUGGAGGUGUCUCCCUCCACGGAGGCAUUUACUGUUGGUAAAGAUGAUGAAAAUACUUCCUAUUAUUCCACAAAUGCUACAAGCUUCCCAGUGCGAGAUUCUCCAGUACCACUGUACACAUUCCUGGUGGCUGGAGGAAGCCUGGCCUUUGGGACGCUCCUUUGCAUUGGCAUCAUCCUGAGGUUCAAGAAGACGUGGAAGCUACAGGCUCUGAAAGAAGGCAAGACGAGCAUGCACCCACCUUAUUCUCUGGGACAGCUGGUCCCCGAGAGGCCCAAGCCCACACCCGUGCUGGCGCCCCUCAUCUCCCCACCAGUGUCCCCCAGCAGCCUUGGGUCCGACAGCACCUCGAGGCACAGCCGACCCGAUGCCCAGGGCCCGCAGAGCCAGUAUGACAUCAGCAACAGAGACUAUUUCUUCCCCCAGUAGCUGGCGGGGUGGCACCUGGCAGGCUGGGGUGUCACACCUGCUGAACUGCGCUGAUGACAAAGCACAUGCUGGCUCGUCACUGUCAUCCCAGCUCAGCUCUGGUGUGGGGGGCCUCUGGCUUCACUGUGACAGACGGGCCUCGCAGACGGUUCAACACUGGAUGAAAAUAGGUUUGCUGGGCCUGUUCAGAAGGAAGAGGUGGUUGAGUUUCUGGACCACCCUUCCCCAAAGCCCUGCCUAAAGGGGUUAGGGUGGACUUGGGGCCUAUGCAGAGAGGGUGUCGAGAGUCCACUGGACAUUGAGGUGGGCAGAGCAGGGCGGCUGCUGAGGCCUCAGACCCGGCUUCGUGCGGACAAACUGCGGGCCGCCUGCACCUGCGACGAAGCUCCCCAAGCUGUGCCCUCAGGAGAUGGGAGAUGUCCACCCGAAGACCUCCAGUUGCCUCCUCCCUGGCCCACCGCACAGUUUCAUCUUCCAGGUCAGACUCUGGAAACCGAAGUGCCUUCUCAUCGCAGUUUCUCUAGGCCUGAGGACGGCUCCUCUUCAACCGCCUGGGCUGCCCGGGCUGCAGAAGCUUUCGACUGCCUUUCCUCCCCACACUGGAAAAACAGCUGAGGGGGGAGGUGAAUAGUAUCUCAGGACCAGAUGGUUUGAAGUGGAAUUGUAAUUAGCUCCUCAUUAGCAUUUUGCUAAAUGUGAAUCUUAGCCCUAGGCACCUGCUGAAUCCAGAAGCAACUGCACUGACUCAGUUUCCCUCUCAGUCUCCUCCCAGGACUUCAGGAGGAGAGGAGAGAAGCAGAGAGGAAGCAGGGACUCGGGGACAGAGGCCGAAGGGGACGCAGCCUCUGAAAACCAGCAUUCUCUACGGCCCUGUCCCUCGCUCUCCCUAAGGGAGAACUGGCGUUGGGGUGGGGGUGGGGGCUCCUGCCAUUAGUGAGAUCCAAAGGUUUGACUCCAGCCCUGUUUAUUUUGUUUUCACCUGAGCCUGAGUGACAGGGAAGGACAUACUUAUCUGAAAAGACAGAAGAACCCGACAGGAAUGUAUUUUAAUUUGUUUUUAAAGAACUGCUGACUAUUCUUGAGAGGGUGGAAGGUCCCCUCCUAGCUGAGGGUCGGUAUACAAGUGACUUGGGGAGAAGCCCAGUGACUUCAGCAUGCAACCGAGUUAGGUGAAAAGGGGGAGGAGAAAAAGUGAUCUUCCUGUCUUAGAGAAUAGACUGGUUCCAUUCUGGAUUGUGUUUUUUGUUUUAAAAAGUGAAAAAAAAUUGCCUGCUUGUUCUCUAAUUUGGGGGAAAGCAGCUGUUACUACUCCUCUCUGCGGUUGUGAAGGGCACGGUGUCCAUCUCCUGGUGGCCAUGCUGGGAAGCCCGCCGCCCACAGCUACCAAGCAGGGUCAGCUGAAAACCCCCGCCCCCGACAGCCCUUGUUAUCAGUGGGAGGGAGGUUCGUUGAAAAACCCUUCGGUGCCUUCCUCUUUUUAUUUAGUUCCUUGAAUGUGAUUCAGUUCAGUUAGCAUUGAAGCUCCAGCUAAAUGUCUCCUGUGUCUCUGAGACUAACCACUUCAGCUCCCUUUUCUGUCUGGGCUUUGAAAAUUCAUCGCUGAGAGUGGUUACCCAGACAAGUGCCUUCACGUAUCAUGGGGUGCCCCAGCAUGAAGCUUAUGAUUCAAAUCAGUUGUGUAACCACAGACCAAAAAUUUACCAGAGCACAGACUCUUCUAGUAGUCCAGUCUUUAGAAAAACAACCAUCGGUACCAGACAGGUGGCAAAGGAUGAAAAUGACUGCGCUUUAUUUACUGUUGGCGGGUUCAGACUGUUACUAUGUUGGGCAGGUGGUGACUUUCGGCGCUGGCUCUGUCUGUGGGUUUCAGGCCUGCUGCUGCUUCAGGCAGCUUUCUUAAGCUACAGACUCCUGGCAGGUGGGGUUUUUUUCUACAAAGUUUCUUUGAGAACAGCAAAAAUGCUGUUAAAGGGAAAUAUUAACACAGUGAAAAUCUGCAUGAUAAAGGGUGAUUCUGUGCCCACGGUUCUUGAACUCUUUAUAAAGUUUUACCCACAAGUGAUGUUACCAAAACCAGGCAGAGAGGUACUAGUGGAAGAUGUGAAAUCAGAUAACUCAUAAUUACUGAGAGGUAGGCAGCUUUGAUCUCCAGAUUGUUUUUGCUUUCAUUAUUAUUGUAAUGGAACCACUUUUUUUUUUCCUGUAUUGGAGAGGGUUUUUUCCCCCCUUUACAUUUUUAUAAGCUGGUGUGAAUGAAGGAAAAGUAUUUCUCUUCUCCGGGUGGUGGGCUUUUCUCAGUGUCCACAGGUGUGCACCCAGGCUUUCUCUGCCCUGGUCAGUGACCAGUAUCUCUGGUCAGUGACCUGGGGCUUCAGCCCACGGGUCAUUCUUCCCUGGGUUCGGCAGCUCACGUGCCUUUGAUGCUCAACAAUGAUGUUCCUCACCUGAUACCUGUAGUGAUCUGCCCCACGGCCGGAUGUGAAAUGUUGGGAUGGUGAUGAUUUAUAAUUAAAUGUGACAGUUUAUCCUGCUGGGUUGGGAAAGUUUAAAAUAUGCUGGUUCAAAGUCUAAACUAAAGUGGUCCUUAAUUCUUGUAGCAUUAAUAAAACAUUUUUUUCAAAUGCCAAGGGGGUAGCAUUGGCUGCAUCUACAAAGCCAUGAGUAACUCGGAGAGCCCUUUGUUUUGAUGGAGCCCUAGGCCCUGUGGUUUUCUGUCAGGCUCUGGGCUCACUUCGUUUUUGUUCCCCUAUGCUCCUGGGGAGAGGGGGAGGUGUGGCUCUGCUGCUGGGCAGGUCUGGGGUGGCAGCGCCCUGGUGGGGAGCAGAGCCCAGGGCAGCAGGCUGCAAGUGACCGUGGUUCGAGGGUUUCCUGCACGAUGUCCAGGAGGGUCUUGCCCUGCUGCUUUGGUGCUGAACUCCGUUGCCUCCUCUAUGGUCGAGUCAGCUGGAGAGGAGUCUGGCAUCUAGCUCCAGGUGGAGCUGCUGGGAGAUUUAUCUUAAUUUGGAGAUGCAGAGGCAACUGUUGGGCCUUUGGAGCAGGAGCGCAGAAGCCAGCUUCCCCACGUGGACCCUGGGGGUCAGCUGGAAGGCCAGCUGGCCCAGCCGCUGUGCCGGCCGCUGCUGAGCGUCCCCCGAGUUAGGUCCUUCUGGUAUUGUCUCCUCUGUGUGGUCUGGUGCUAGCACCAGUGUGUUUCUAUGGCAACCUUAAUGAUUUUGUAUUUGCUAAUUUUUAUUUUUUUUCAAUUAUGGUUGGCAUUCUGUGUUAUUUUGCGGCCUUAAUGAUACAUGAAGGGACAUGGUUGGUUUAUGGGCACACUCAGGCGGAGACCUGCUCUGGAGCGAAGGGGCUGGAGCCAUGGGCAGCCGGGCCGCUCGCUGAUGGGGAGACCGUGUUCGGACGGAGACCACAUGUCUGUUAAAUAAAUACCUCAACUUUGUAUUUUGGAGAGAAAUAAUAGUUUUAAGCUUGUUUUUAUUUUUUUACCUAAUUAUCUAAAAGCAAACACCAGAGGCUGACGUCUGUAUAUGGGGCAAAGGGUCAGUAUGAUAUGCUUUUCAAUGUUUUUUUUUUCUUUUUAUCAGCUAUUUUGCAUUUAAAGUGAAAAUUGUAAAUGUUUGAAAUAAAUAAUUCCUAAAAAUA